CCAGCUGGGAGGCGGGAGCAGAAGGCCCCGGGUGGGCUGCGGCGGCGCGGGGAAGGCGGCUCUCAGGUGGCCUUGCGUUCCCGGCGGCAGGGCCUCUUUGAGUCCCUCGGCUGCGGGCACCUUGUAGGACAGAAGAGCCGCCAUGCCUCGCCACGCCGAGUCAGCCGCGCCAACAACGGAGGCCCCGGCGACGGCCGAGGCCCAGGGCCCGCGCAGCAAAAGCAAGUCCAGCAGCCCUCGACAAAUCCCGGUGAUCGGGGUGGUGACGGAGGACGAGGACGCUCUGGGUGCUUUAAAGCCUAUGGACCUAAAUAGUAUCAUCAAACUCCUUGGAGAGACUGCUCAAGAUGAUUUAGAAGAAAAACAACUUAAAUCUGUCAAGACAUUGGUGCAGUAUUAUCAGAAUGGAUUUCCCCUAAGGGAUUUGGCACAGAUAUUUAAAAUUCUGAAUCUGUGUGCAGAAAAAAUUGAAAACCAGCCUUCUUUUCUAGAACCUGCCUAUAAUAUCAUAAAAUUAUGUGGCUUGCCAUUCUUGAAAAAGAAAGGAUCAGAUGAAAUAACAUAUGCUGAAGAUACUGCUAAAUCAAUUGCACUUCUGGGUAACUUAAUGAAAAUACCAAGUUCUGAAUUGAGGAUACAAAUUUGUAAGUGUAUUGUUGACUUUUAUCAUGCAGAACCAUCAAAGAAGCAUAUUACAGGUUACCAGCAAGCUAGCUCAGCAUAUAAGAUUCAAAUGGCUGAAGUCGGAGGAUUGGCAAAAACAAUGGUUCAGUCAUUGGCCUUGCUUGAAAAUCAACUUGUUGAGAAACUUUGGGUACUUAAAGCUCUGCAACAUCUCUCAACUUCCGAAGUUAAUUGUACUUUAAUGAUGAAAGCAUAUGCAGCCAGUGGCAUCUGUGCUCACCUCAACGACCCAGAUCCCUCGGGGCAGCUUCUGUUUCGCUCAUCAGAAAUACUUUGGAACUUACUAGAGAAAUCGUCAAAAGAAGAAAUCAUAAAACAACUUAGUAACCUGAAGUGUUUGCUAACUUUAAAGGAAGUUUUCAAACAUCUGUUUAUAAGAGGUUUUAGUGAUUAUGACCGUCAGCUUAGAAACGAUAUAUUAGUGAUCACUACAAUUAUAUCUCAAAAUCCUGAAGCACCAAUGGUUGAAUGUGGCUUUACCAGGGAUUUGAUACUAUUUGCAACCUUUAAUGAAGUUAAAAGUGAAAAUCCUUUGGUAAAAGGUCUAAAGCUUUCUAAUUCCUAUGAAGAUUUUGAGUUGAAGAAAUUGCUGUUCAAUAUACUAGUGAUCUUAUGUAAAGAUUUAACUACAGUACAGCUAUUGAUUGAUGGCAAAGUUGUUUUGGCUUUGUUCACCUACGUAAAGAAGCCUGAGAAGCACAAAAUCAUCGAGUGGUCUGCAGCACAGUAUGAAGAAUUACAGCUGCAUGCACUUGCCACUUUGUCAUCAGUGGCUCCUUUAUUAAUUAAAGAGUAUAUGUUGUGCCAGGGAAAUGCUCGAAUCCUGGCAUUUCUAGAAUGGUGUGAAAGUGAAGAAUACUUCUUCAGUCAUGGUAACAGUUUCCAUGGCACAGGCGGCCGUGGCAACAAGUUUGCCCACUUGCGUUACACUCUAAGACUCCUGAGAGCUAUGAUCUAUCUUGAGGAUGAGACUGUGAAUCAGGAUCUUUGCGAAAAGGGGACGAUUCAGCAACUCAUAGGGAUAUUUAAAUAUACAAUAAGCAAGAUUAAUGACAAGGAAGAGGCCAUUCUUUUGGAAAUUCAAUCUGAUAUAUUACUUAUUUUAUCUGCUCUUUGUGAAAAUGAUAAUUCCAGGAAGGAAAUUUUUGGAACUGAAGGAGUGGAUAUAAUUCUUCAUGUAAUAAAAACAGACCCCAAGAAGUUUCAGAGUGGAUUAGGCUAUACUGUACUUCUUUUUAGUACAUUGGACAGCAUUUGGUGAGUAUUACUGUACCGACAUUACUGUACCCACUAUGUCCUCCUGUCUCCUAAAACUUUUUCUAUACUGUACUUCUUUUUAUUGGACCAAAAAAAAUUCUGUAGUCUAAUACUGGCAAUAAUGGUUGAAUUUUGUGAUAAUCCCAAAACCCCGGUUCACGUCAAUGCUUGGCGAGGGAAGAAGGACCAAACUGCUGCCAGCCUUUUGAUUAAAUUGUGGAGAAAGGAAGAAAAAGAACUGGGAGUACUACGUGAUAAACGCGGGAUGAUUAUUGAUACAAGGAAACCUCUAUUUACUAGUUUUCAAGUGGAGCAAAAAAUCAUGCCAAUGCCUGCUAACUGCCCGACUUUUGCAAUUAUGGAUGUUUCAGAAAACAUUAGAGCAAAAAUUUAUGCUGUGUUGGGCAAACUAGAUUUUGAAAAUUUACCUGGCCUCUCUACGGAAGAUUUUGUGACCCUUUGUAUCAUACAUAGAUAUCUUGACUUUAAAAUUGGAGAAAUAUGGAAUGAAAUUUAUGAAGAAAUGAAAUUAGAAAACUUAAAACCGGUCACUACAGAUAGACGUAUUUUGCAAGCUAUUUUAAUGGCGACAGAAAACGUUGGAAAGAUGGUUGCUUCCCUGCAGUACGAGAUGGUUGAAAUCCAAGCCCGCCAGGAUGUGCAAGAUGAACAAAAAGUAUAUGCAAAAAUACAAGCCACACACAAGCAAAGAGAACUGGCUAAUAAAUCAUGGGAAAACUUCUUGGCUAGAACAUCAAAUGCUAAAACUUUAAAGAAAGCAAAAAAACUUCAGGAAAAGGCUAUCGAAUCCACUAGAUAUGGUGAACGACCAGCAAAUGCAACAUUUCACCGGACAGAUAUUAAAGGCCUUAACACAACGGUGCUCUCUGGACGGGUUGUAGCAGUGGAGAGCACUCCUGCCCGAUUAGUGGGAGGACCUCUGGCUGAUACCGAUAUUGCUCUUAAAAAACUUCCUGUUCGAGGAGGAGCCUUACAAAGGGUGAAAGCAGUAAAACCUGCAGACGAUUCAAAGAAUGUUCUCACAUAAAUGCUCUGGAGACUUUUUGAGAUACAUUCUGCAUGUAAUUUUUAGUUAAGUAUGUCUUUAUAUACAAAUGCAAAACAUAUUUUAGAAGAAAUAUUUUAGUAAAAUACUAUAAAAAAUAAAAGCAAGCACAUAUAAUUUAUUUUUAUUGAAAAUAUCAACAUAUAGCAUCAGAAGGGUGGUCAACAAUUUUUUUUGGAAAGAUUACUAAUUCUUUCAACUGAAUUUGUGAAGCAUUUUGUAUCAGUUAAGACUCAUCAGUUGCAUAUGAAUUAUUCCAACUGAUUUAAGCCCCCCCCAAAAAAGAAGGGGAAAAACUUGAAUAGAUAGACUCUGUAGCUAUCAAACCUAGGAAUAAUUAAGACUACUGGCAUUGUUGGAUCUAAGGACCGAAACUCUGGAGGUAGGACCUUCUCCUUCCCUAGCAGCCCCUGGAGUAUGUUCUCCCAGGUUCAUGUCCAGUAUAGAAAAGUGCAUGCCUGUCUCUCAACAGUCCUGCAACUGCCUCUGCAUAUUGGGGUCCCUGACUGGCUGCCUGCCCAUUCCUGAGCCAUUCACCAUGACUUUUUCCAGAUUUGAGUACUGCCUACUGCCAGAGCCAGAAGUCUGCCAACCCUACCCAAAGCAUAUGGAUGGAGUGGAGUAGGAACUCAGGAUAUUAUUAUCAUGAGUAUAUAUAAAUACUGGGCACAAAAACAUUAGCAAUGAAUAUGUUGGUCAAAGUAAAAUAAGUUAUCUCUGUUAUAAAAAGCAAAUGUUAGUCAUGAGGUAAACAAUAAAAAUAAAAAAACAGAUGGUUUUCUUUUCAUAUAUAAACAUGCAAAGCAAACUC